ACUGUGUAUUUUAUGAAGUGCAGUGACAUUUACAAUUUGAUUUGAGAGACUCUUGGCCUCUGUUGUUUUGUCGAGCUGAGGAGAAGCUUGUUUCAUCAAGGUUUUAAGGAUGCUGUCGAACCUGAAAUUUUUAAUCUGUGGAGGGAUCAUUGGCUUUAUCUCAGUUCACAUGUACCUGAAGUUUAACACUGAUCUAACUGUCACAUUGCGCACGUAUAACGAAAUUCACUGUCACCUUCCAAUUAAGGUCAACAUCUCUAUCCAGAAAUCAGAUGAAGUAGCAAAGCAGCUGAGCUCAAAGGUUCAAAUCUUGUGUUGGAUCAUGACCUACCCCAAAAACUUGGAGAAGAAAACAAAACAUGUCCAAGCCACUUGGGCCAAACACUGCAACAUGGUGCUCUACAUGAGCUCGAACACCAGUGACUUCCCAACUGUUGGACUGAACGUGUCUGAGGGCAGGGAUCACCUCUACUGGAAAACCAUCCGAGCCCUCCAGUACAUCCAUGCUCACCACCUAGACACGGCUGAGUGGUUCCUCAAAGCCGACGAUGAUACAUUCGUGGUGGUGGAGAACCUGCGACGGGUCCUGAGCAGAUAUGACACUGAUAAGCCUGUCUACCUGGGACACAGGUUCAAGGUGUUUGUGAAGCAGGGCUAUAUGAGUGGCGGAGCCGGCUAUGUCCUAAGCAGAGAGGCUCUAAGGAGGUUCGUCCAAGGUUUCAGCUCAGGACAGUGCACACACACCAGUCCGGUGGAGGACAUGGCCUUGGGGAGAUGCAUGGAAACCAUGAAGGUUGAACCCAGUGAUUCAAGAGAUGAGAAGUUGAGAGAAACAUUUCAUCCUUUCGCUCCAGAUUCCCAAUUGCAGCGGCCAGUCAACAAGAAACAUACCUUUUACUACAGUUACUAUCCGACAAAAAGAGGACCGCAAUACUGUUCAGAUUACGCCAUCAGCUUUCACUACAUCCCACCUCAUAGGAUGUACGAGCUGGAGUACUACACUCAUCACCUCCGACCUUUCGGAUAUCAGUACAGGUUUGAUCCGGCUGUCUCGGCAAACGUCACGGUGAAACCCUGAGUUUAAAAAAAAAAAAAAGACAAAUGAAUCUAAGACUGGAUAAGAGUAGAGGAAGAAGAUCCCCUCAUCUCAUCUCAUUAUCUCUAGCCGCUUUAUCCUUCUACAGGGUCGCAGGCAAGCUGGAGCCUAUCCCAGCUGACUACGGGCGAAAGGCGGGGUACACCCUGGACAAGUCACCAGGUCAUCACAGGGCUGACACAUAGACACAGACAACCAUUCACACUCACAU